AUGAAAAGGAUGUUUCUUCCGACUCCGGAACCGCCUGUAUUUAGUGGUAAUAUUUUGACCUACCCAAAGUGGAUGUUAGGUUUUGAUGCCUUGAUUGACGGUGAAGCUGUAAACCCAUCGCAUAAGUUAUACUACCUUGGGGAAUAUACUAGUGAACAAACCCAGGAAAGGAUUUAUGGAUUGUUGGGACUGCAAACUGAUGAUGAGUACAAGAGACUAGGCAGAUAUUCCAAGAACGUUUUGGUGACUAUACAAGAUUUAUCAGGCAUACAAUGAAAGGCUUAAGUCAUGGCCAGUAUGCAGUAAAACUUCCGUGCUUCAGGAAUUCAGCUACUUUCUGGUAAAAGGGCAAGAAACUAAGAAAACAGUGAAACACCUCAAGGACUUUGACACCUUCUCUGCUAUUCAAGACUUGGUAGUAAGACUUCCACCUUAUUACAGCAAGAAGUGGUUACAAAGUGCGAAAGUGGUUGAGCUUGGUAAGGGAAAGUAUGAUGUUAACGACCCAGUUGACUUUGUGUAAAAGGCAGCAAAGGAUGCAACUCAUCCACUGUUCUCGCAUGAAGUUCUGUUAUCUAAGAGAAAGGAGUUGUUGAAAGACAGGAAGCAAGAAGACAAGAAUAGUUAUCGCAAGAGAAAGUUUGGCUCAUUCAACACAUGUAAGUACAAUGAAAGCUCUGGUCAUAGCGAUAAGAACACAAAUGAACUGAUGUGCCCUGCAUGUAAAAAGCCCCACAAAUUGGAGAACUGUGACAUAUUCCUAAACAAUUCUGUAAAGGAACGAUCAGAAUUAGCUAAGUCGAAAGGGCUUUGCUUCCUGUGUUUAUGUCAUGGUCAUAUGGCCAGGAGUUGCAAAGAAUCCAUUAGAUGCCAGACUUGUAAGAAACCCCAUGCCACACUUCUCCGUUUUGAAUCCAAGGAGUCUAAGAAUGGGAAUAAGAAAGAGAACGAAGAGUCUUGCAAAGAAAAGCCUAAAGUAGCUAAUCGUGUCGUAGUGGGUCAUAGCAAUGAUUGCAAUGAAGAAACAACAUCGUAUUUAAUACUUCCGGUAUGGAUAUGUCACAAGGACAAUCGUGAGAAGAAAAUAAUGACAUAUGCUGUUUUAGAUGAUCAAAGUGCACACGCUUUGUAA